GUGGUUGUCUGUCGGUGCUGUCUGGUCUCGUAAGGCCGCGCUGUGGUGUUAAUCCUUAUGCUGUAAUCGGUUCGACGUUCGUGUUUCACCUACAGUUAUUCUAGUGUGCUUUUAUCAGUUCUUACAGAUCAGUGUUCUCAAGAAGUGUACGGCAUACUGUUGUUAGUGCAAUUGUUCAAAUCCAGGAUUCGAAUCAUCACAGCAGCAUAAUGACACGCAUCAUCGGCAGUGCCGCAGUGUAUUUGCUGCUAUUUCAAUACUCCAAGCUCUCAACGAUGGUUUGGUGCUACAAUGUAGAUCUCCUGCACUCUGCUCGGAACCCAUUAGAUCCCCCUUUCCGCUCACCGCAAACACCGUACGGCCAAAAACAUUCCAAAUCGACUCCAGGAUCGUAUGGAAACGGCAUUUCAUCGGCUCACCGUGGACUAGCAUUUAGUCAACAGGCCCCAUCGUACCAACAGUCAUUUAUUCCAACAGUGGUGGAAUCACUCCCACUACACCCACGCUGGCAGACAGAUCAAAGGAAAAAUCCACCAGCAGCACUGCAAGUACCACCGAUACCGGUCAUCCACAUGGAUGAUAUCGGCGUUGAAGAUAAUUUCGUCGACCACGAGGGACGACCACUGCUGGACUCAUUAGAAAUACCAUCUUCCCUGGACCAAUCACCGUCCAAGGAAAGCAGUGACAAUCCGAUGCUUCUACAGAUCCUGAGAACCAACCACCGACUCCCACCGAGAGAAUUGACGUUGGACGAACAGGACAAUGACGUACAAUCGGUGGUGGUAAAGGACGAUGGUAGGCGAGACCGUGCGGUGGAGAGCAUUGAUUUGAUUCGCGAGCAAUUGGAACGCAUCAAGCAAGAGGAAGACAUCGAAACCAAAUCGAAUCUACUGACGAAGCUGUUGACUGAGUUGCCGGAAGGGCCACUGCCGAUUGUGUACGUUGAGGAUGCGGCCGGUACCGGGCUAGAAGCCGAGGAGGACGACGACGAAGACGACGACGUGACGCAUCUGUUCACACCCAACGGUGGUAAGCGAUCCGGGCGGUACAAUCGUGGCUAUCCCUGGAAGCGACAAAACGCACGCAAUCGACCGUACGAUGAUGCCCGGUUUCUUUGCGUUCCCAGUCGCGAUGACGUGUUUAAGCUGCUUAUCGGGCUACACGAGAACCGAAACGGCAACCACCAGCAGAAGACGAUUAGUUUCUGCAACCGAAAGCGUCCAGCAAGGGCCAUCUUCACCAACAUUCGCUUCCUGGGUUAAGGUGGCACGUGAGGGAACACCGGAACGAACGAACGGCAAGCCCCUCGGUCGGCAAUAACCUUUGGCUCCCGUGGGUCCGUUGUUGGAAUGUGAGAAUUGCUACAAAAUUAGUUUUCCUUUUUCAUUCCAUUGGGUGACAUUUUUAUUCGAUAGCGAGACUUUUCUAGGUGGUUCCUUAAAGCUAAUGACAUAUACGAUGGGCCCUGGGUGGAAAUGCUGUGCUCAAAGCAUCAGAGCGGGUUUAAGCUUAUCUUAAGCCCAUUAUACAAAUGUUGUACGUCUGUACGAUAUCAGUAAGAAGUACGUGCAGUGUUACAUGUGUAAUUGUCCCUUCCAACGGCAGCGAUAUGCUCAAAAUUCCGAUCACCGGCACCCAGCCAGGAGAUCGGGAGAUUGUCAGUCGAAUCUUGUAAAACCAAAGACCUAAACGAUGUA